UAUAGCUCCGGCAGCGGACGGAAAUAACCGCGUCCUGGGCGUCGCGACGCCCGCGCUCGUGUUGAACACAGUGUGUGAUAGUAUGAGUGCGCGAUGCCUUAGGGUCUCCGGCACGUUUAAUAAGUUUCCAUUGGCGAGCCAGCCGAACGAAAUUAAGUGAGCUCUGAGAACAACGUAAAAAAAAAUCAGACUGUGAAUUGGUAUAGUGUUUUGGUGCGUUCGUAUAGUAGCAAUUCUGGCACCCCCGUUGUCGUUUGAGACACAUUAAUGUUGGAAACGGUGCUGGGAGUGCUGCUGUGGGCAGUUUCGCGAUGUGGGAUUCAAUGGGAGCAUGUAUGUGAUAUCUCCGGCAGAUGAAGUAGUCUGUCUGUCAUAUGGUCGAGUCAUAUACAUCCCUUCGUCCCUGCCCACAAACCGUGUGACCAAACCGAUUAGAACCUCCCUGUCGACCGGAAGUCACACGUCUUAUCCCAGUGUCCCUUCAACGAGUACCAGUUCAACAAAGAGCCGACAAUCAACUGCCAGCGAACCAGUCUUUAGCUUAAACAAAAUAAAACCAACCAGUUCGUCGAAAUCCCUAAACCAACCCUCUACCAGUCGUGAAAAGUCCCCAAACGAACCACCCCCGGUCAGACCGUCGAGAAAGAAAAAACUCAAAGUUGUCCUUGAAUCAGCACGGAAACAGUCUUUUUCGGAUUUCCUUUCGAUCAGUAGGGAACGGACACCAAAAUCUCCCGUUAACCAAACGCCGGAAAAAUCGCCGACCUUUCAAUUUUUCCGAGGAAAAUCAGUCAGUCCAAAAAACCUAGGAAGAAACAGAACUGCUGUAGAUUUUGAUUUCCUUUUUAACCGCGAAGCCAGCCCAGGGAAGCUAUCCGUCAAAAGCUUAAAUAACGUAGACGAAACCGGUCCUAAAUUGACCGGAAAACAGCGACUGACUCCAGAAAAGUCGUCGCCUACCAAGAAAAGAACGUUCUUUGGAAGCGUUCGCGUUAAGAGAACUCCUGAAGUCAUCGAGAAGAUGGCGGGAUACGAAUCGGCCUUGAAAGAACUGACACAUGCAGGAUACAACGAACACCUCAAAUCUCACAAUUCGGUCACGUUUAAAUUGGUGCGAACUGUUUCAGAUUUCACACAACAGCUGGGUCAAAUGUACGAACAGCAUGCCGAAGAAUUACAAAUAUUGGUCGCAAACUUCCGGAAACGAAACGGUGAACUGCGGAAAGAAAGACCGGCGUGCCCGAGUUCGUUGUUUCACACUUGGGAGACGCUGCUUCAAGAGGUGGAAAUUGAUUCUCAGGCCCUCGGCGAGAUCGCGUCGAUCUUAGGGAGGCAAGUAUCACGGCCGCUUCUGGAGAGGUCCUUCCACAGGAAGAUACAGUCUAGGAAAGUGUUCACACAAAGGGAGAGCUAUGAGACGAUCAUUGCCAAAACUGAAGAGAAGUUGGUCAAGUGUCGGCAAGAAUAUAAGAACGCCUACUUAGCGUACCUUUCGAAUCCCACAACGGAGAGCCUGAGCUCCUAUUUCAACAGUCACAACACUUACGUCCAACAACUCCACGCGACAAACGGGAUGUUGGAAGAGUACGGAAAGGAUACUUUACCAUCACUUUUGCAGGAAUUAGAAGAUAUCUACAGUGAUUUGUGUGCGGCGGUUUCAGAAGCUGUCGCUCAAGGGGCAGAAGUGGUCUCUUCGAGGGCGAAAGAACAAUGCAAGAGAUACGACGGUUUAGUUUCACAAUGCAAAUCCAUCUCGGCGUCAUCGGAUUUAGCCCACUUAGCGCGAUCUCUACCCACCCCCACGGGCCGGGCCCCCAUUCUGAAGAGACCAUUCGUUCCGCCUCAACCGCCCCCACCUCCGGAUCCUGUAGAUGGUGAGCCGCAAGACAUGCAAAACCUCCAGGAUAACAUCCCCCCACCGCUCAAGGACGAACUAGUAAUAGACAGGCUGUCGGCCCUCCAAGUGAAGCCUUCCCACGAUGUUUUGAAAAAGGAAGCGGCUGAUUUAGAGGCGCAAAUCAGACAAAUCCAAGACGCUCUAGAAACUCUGUUGAGGAUUCAGCAACGAUCGGUUGAAGCGGCACUUUACAAUAAAGCCAACGAACUCCAAGAGGAUAUUUCAAUGAAACGAUUCGAUCUAAGGGUGGCCCAGAUCCAUCUUAGCGCGAUCAACGCUCAGAAAGAGCUUUUUACGAGUAAACUCGAAGGAGAUACGGGUCGUGAAAGAAAAAUGUCUUCAGCGUCGACUGCAAGCAUGAAAAAUAAAUGGUUAAAAGCUUUUAAGAGUUUAAAAACUCCACCACCAGAAACCACGGAGAAAAAAAACCAAAUGUACCAUGCAGUUUCUACAAUAAUUGCAAUGAGGAAAAAUGGUUCGGCCGCGACAAGAGAGCUUCUAAAAGGCGAUCCAGACGCUCAUAAUUUCCAAGAGUAUACUUACAAGAAAAUUACACCCUGCGAUGUAUGCUCGCAAGUAUUGAGAGGGCACACAAGACAGGGUCUGAAAUGUAGAAUAUGCAAAAUGAACGUUCAUCUUGACUGUCAGGAUAAAGCGUCCAAAUGUCAGACGAAGCAACGGUUAUUAAGACGUCAGAAAUCAACAUCAGAGAUAGAAACUCGAAUUCAAGAUGUGACCGCCGAAGACGAAAAGAGUCCGGAAGUGGAUCAAAUAUACCAAGUGUUGAAGCAGGCUACCGAAAUAUCAAAUAGCAAGCCACGCGUUAAUGUAGAACCCGCUCCACCCGGUAUAACGGUGGACAGAACCGUCACUUCGAAUCCGGGAAGCUCGGGCAGCUCCGGACAAAGUCUUAAUCGGAGACCGGGUCCUCCGAUACAGCCUCCUAGGGCUGCCGGCACCAACUUAGCCGUUGUCAAUCCUGCUCCUUGCUCCACUAGCUCAGACCGCAGACAAGGAGCUCCAGGCACUUCCGAAAGCUCGUCGAUGAGGCGUCGUCUAUUUGCUGGAAUGAAAAGCCUGACUGGCUUUGGUUCGCGGUCCCGUCACGGUUCUCCAGGCCAUCGCUCCAUCUCUCUGCCGGAAAGGACAAGCAUGAAGUCUUCUCCCAGUGCUGUGACGUUUUAUCUAAACAUGGGAAACUGCGAUAGUAGCGCUCCCCAUUCUCCGCGACGCCAAAAAUUGAACUUGAGAAUGAAGAGUUUAUCGUUGGAUUCCCCGGAGAGCACCGAACACGUUCAGAGAAGGAAACACCACGGGGUGAAUGUUGCCAGCGACCCUCACUCUAAUCAAAGUUCAUCAUCAAGAAUUCAGUGUAUGAGGAGCUUACUUUGUGCUUAUUUAGUUUUCCAGAAUGCACAGCUCUUUCCCAAUGCACUUGCCAUUCCUGCAAGAUCUAUCCACAGCCACCACGUAACUCGAAGUGAUCUCAAAGCAAAAUCAACUCCUUCGAGUCCUGUACACAAUCGCCGCUUGCUCUCAGCAAAAAACAUCAGAAUGUCAUCGGUGGAACUCCCUGAUGAGAACGAUAAGAGUCCUUCAUCGGCAAGCACUUCCCCUUGCCCAAGCCCUGUCGGAGCAAAAAAAUCGCAUCGUUUAUUACCCACAAACUUAUACGUAGUUCUUUAUAACUUCAAAUCUCGACAUCAAGACGAACUUGACCUGAAGGCUGGGUACAAAGUGACUGUAAUUGAUACUUCAGAUCCAGAUUGGUGGAAAGGGAAAUGUCUAGGUCGGGUUGGCUUCUUCCCGUCUAAGUACGUUUCAAAAUUAUCGCCGGGGGAGAAACCGCUUCAGGUAACCCACAACUUGCAAGUAUCAGAUGGUGACAACGGUCUGAUGCUAUUAAGGGACCAAAUAGUCAUACAAAUCGGUGAAGAAUUGGAUGGCAUGGUGAUGAUUCGUUCCGGUGACAACCGUCAAGGUGUUUGUCCUGUCAAAUUCCUUCAGGAAGUGUGACAUCGCAGCGAAGUAGCAUGUCAAGCCACUCACACUUGCAACUGUUCAGCAAAACAAAUCUCCGCCCCCAACACGCUAAAGAAGAUCUAUUACCCCAACCCAGCCAAGAUAAUGAUUCAAAACAACGUGCUGCUUUCUAAGCAAAACAAUAAGAAAAACAUCAAUGCCGGGAGUAUUCUACAGUAUUACUACAACAAUUUCAAUAAGAACACUUCGAAACAAACCAACGUUUACAACAAUAACGUGUUGCAAAGGCGCCGGAAUGAGCUAGCGUUUCUUCAUGGAAAAGCUCCAUUUUCCUCAACCAAACGUCCUUUAUCCAUACGAUUAUCCACACCUAAGCACGUGGUGAAUUUCUUUAGCAAACCGUUCCGUUCCGAUUCCCAAAAGCGUCCGCUCUUGUUACAAAACUCUUCGAAUUAUCCGAGCAACCCCAAUUUUAAAAUUGUACCUAACAAAAACGCUCUUAAAAUUUCGUCGAUAUACACCAUCAGCGACAAUGUCGACAAAUUUAGUUUGUACCGAAAAAAUUUGUACAUCUCAUCGAAUAGUAGGCCUCUUUUUGUGAGAAAAUGAGGAAGUAGUUUCACCUAUUUUUGUAAAUGAUACCUUUCAAUACAUGUGAUCUAGAAAUAUAUCAGCACGUCCUCGUAUGUCUUAUGAGCACUUUACCAAUUUGUUUCAAAAAUCAAAGUACGGAUACAACAAUUUGUUUUGAACCUGUGAAAUAUAGGACCGUACGUGUCUAGUUCGUUAAUUAGCUUUGUUCUUUAUUGUUAUCAGGGUUUACGAGAAGCAUUUAUUUUGAUAAGAAAAGGUAAAUCGAAAAAAUAAAAUAUGUAAAUGAAAUCCAAAUGAAGGCUUCCGAUUUAUGAUUUCGUACACUCUGUGUUAGGAACAUUCCAAAAAUGAACUAAAUAACAUUGUAUAGAGUUUAUAAUUAUUUUGCAAAUAAAAUAGAGUAAUUAUGUUAAGGAAUUGAUUAUUGAAUAUAUCAUAUAUUUAAUAAAUGUUAUAUUUAGAUUAUUUGAGAAUUCAUAAUUGUAUGUUGAGUAAUAAAUAAAUGAACUGUUUGUGCAAUAUGACACAUCGUUCCAAAGACUGCUUUGAAACUGUGCUGUAUAUAGUCAUACAAGUUGUGGCAUUUUUAGGCCACUCUAUGGCCUUGCAUGACAUUUUAUUUAGCCUAAACUGGCCUAGAAAUCAAUUCUUUACUGAAUGAUGACAUUUAUUUAAUGUUGUACGCUUUAAAAAUAUGCAGCACACUUUCAGACUGUUAUGCACAUGACCAAUUUAAAACCUUUAGUAUUAAAAUUAUAGUACAUAAUCGAAUAAGUUAUUGUUUAAAUACAAUUUAUUUAUUGUUUGUACAUCAUGACCAUUACAUUAUUAAUAUGACACAAAAAUGGUUCUACACUCGUUAUAAAUGUUUACAAACAUUAGUUCACUCUUUGUGUUACAAAACACAAAAGCACAUUGUUGAGUACUGGAUGUGUAACUAACCUCAUAUUUAAUAAAAAAAAAACAAUA